AUGCUCCGCCCCCUGCUGCUCCUGUCCACUCUCAUCACUCUGACAGGUGGUGAGCAGGUGUUCAGUGCCCCUUCAGAGUUUGACAUUAGGUCUUGUCCCAUCACCCUGUAUGGACAGAAAUAUGAACGGGUCUUUGUUAACUUCACCACGGAGAACCUGGUGAUCUGCUUCCAGGGGUUUUUCACACCUGGAAAUACAGACGACUGUGUGUUUGGACCUCCGUCGGACUCUGAGAGCGCCGGCUUUGAGAUCUAUCCUCGGAUUCCCGUCCUGGAAACCAUAGUGUCCUCUAAUGUCCCCUCUAUUCAGAAUCAGAUGGACUGUUUCUUCACUGUGUCCUUCCAAUACCAUGGAACCAAUUCCACCCUGGCCGUGAUAAAGUUUGGGUCUCUGUCAGUUCUGUACGUCUACGUGCCCGCCCAGGGCUCUGUGGUGAUUGAUGUUCGGAUCAAUGGUAAAACAAUCGACUCCCUGACCGUCGAAAACACUCCUAAGACCAGACAGACCCGAGGGUACCUGGACAUGAGCGGAUGCAGAGGCCCAGGCACCGCGUAUAAAGCUGGAAGUGAAGUAAAAUCUCCUGAGACCUGUGUCACCAUCACCUGUAACGAGUCACUGGGGCUCCUGACCUCCACCUGCGCUCCACUGGAGCAUUGCCUGGGCAACGGCAGCUGCGUCGUAGCCUCCAUGUCUGAACAGACGUCGAACCUGUCCAUGAACUUCCUCUGCACCGUGAUGGGCCCGACUGUCAUCAACACCGACGGCCUCCUGAGCUCAGUACCAGAUCGGUGUACAUACCUUCUCCUGUCCAUCCCAUCGGAUCCACACUUCCAGAUUUUGGCCAACUUCCAGGACCGGCGCCGUAAAGACGUGAGCUUUCUGGACAGCGUGAUGCUGCUCCUGGAUGAGCCGGGUGUUCGCAUCCACCUGAAACAGGGCGGCAGAGUUCUGCUGGACGACUCAGAACUGAGCCUCAACAGCUCGGAUCAGAUGGUUCAUGGUGUGGAGCUCCAUAAGGACCAGAGCGGAAUCAGCGCCACCGUGUCGCUCCCCAACAUCACCACUUCUGUCUUCUUUGAUGGCUACACAGCUCAGAUCCACCUGGAAGGUUCUGCUGGGUCUUCUCUGCAAGGUCUGUGUGGAAAUUCCAGCAGGUCUUGGAGUGAACUAAGGCUCCCCGAGUACAACUCCAUCAGCUGUGAGGUGCAGCACACGGACUCUAAUGACAGUUCGAUCAACUGCACCAAGGCAAUUGAACGCUGUAACCUCCUGAAGGAGGCGCCCUUCACCUCCUGUGGCAUCGACCCAGAGCCCUACAUAAUCGCCUGCACAGAUACUUUGUGCAGAUAUCCUGCAGUGGAUGGUCUGAACUGUCAGGUCCUGGAGGCCUACGCCAGAGUCUGCAGCUUGUACAGCAACACCACACUGGAGGGCUGGAGGUCCCAGGCUGACUGCCCCUCUCCUGGAGUCUUCUGUCAGGACAGGACCUGCAGUGAUCAUGAGUUCUGUGGAGAGAAGACCGGUGGUGGAGAAACUCGUUGCUUCUGUAGGGCCGUCUUUGCAUCCAGCUACAGAGAGAACAACACUCUGGGUGAUCCGACAGUCUGCAGUCAGAACUCCGCUUCUCUCACUCUGGUCAAUUGUCUCCUGGAAGACAAAGACAUUGACUACUCUGCCUUACACCUCAAUGACCCGACCUGCAGAGGACAGAUGGACAAUCAGAGCCACCUGGUGACUUUCAGCUUCAACAGCAGUGGCAGCUGUGGCACGGAGGUCACGGUGAACAGCAGCAAUGUGAUCUACAAGAACUUCAUCACAGACCAGAACAGUUCCAAUGACAUCAUCACUUACAAAGACCAGUUCUACAUAGGUUUCUCCUGCGCCUACAUUCUCUACGAACAGACCAACAGCAAGGUCUUCAGGAUCAGGAGCAGUUCUGCGAUCACGUUCGUCAUAUCUGGACUCUGGAACUACACCCUGACCAUGAGGGCCUUCACCGACCCCGGCCAAACCCGAGUCGUGGAGUCGAGCACUGAGGUGCAACUGAACCAGAAGAUCUGGGUGGAGCUGAAGACCGAUGGCCUGGAUGGAAACCUGAUCUCCAUGGUGACUGACUCCUGCUGGGCCACCAGUCAGGAGUCGGAGAACGGAAGCUUGAGAUACGACCUGAUCAUGAACGGGUGUGGGAACCCUGCUGACCAGACGGUGAAGGUGGAGAGAAAUGGAGAGGGAACCUCCAGCUUCUUCUCCUUCAACAUGUUCCAGUUCUCUGGGACCUCCGGGGACGUCUACCUGCACUGCAGAAUGCAGCUGUGCAUCAAACAGGAGGACAACUGCGUCCCGGUUCUGACUCAUGCUCCCAACACCAGUACUUUAUCCACAGACUGA